CAGCCCUCUCGACUCAAACUUGGGAAGAUAGGCGCCGAGAGCGGAGCAACAAGCAGCUGCUUCUCAUGCGCUCCACCUGCGUGCGUCCAACAUGCGCUUUGGCGUUCAUCCUGGUCACGACCGGGGGGUUUCUCCAAGAGAAAGGGGGCUGUUGAGAGUCUGUUUCGUUGAUUGGUGUGAUGGUCGUCAACAAUAGUCCCAAAACUAAAGCAGAAGAACUUCCGGACUGUCGUAUGGAGACCCUGGAACACCCGAUGCUUCAAGCUCAAGGGAAAGGGGCCCGAAGAAAAGGCCGCUUUAAAGGAUCGGAUGGCAGCACGUCCUCCGACACGACGACAAACAGCCUUGUUCGCCAGGGUUCGGCCGACUCUUACACCAGCCGUCCAUCAGACUCCGAUGUUUCCCUCGAGGAGGACAAGGAGGCAGCGCGCAGAGAGGCAGAGCGACAGGCUCAGGCACAGCUUGACAAAGCCAAGACGGAGCACAUUCCCCCGUACGACGUUGUGCCUUCCAUGCGACCCGUGGUUCUGGUUGGACCGUCACUGAAGGGCUACGAGGUGACGGACAUGAUGCAAAAAGCACUGUUUGACUUCCUGAAACACAGAUUUGAGGGAAGAAUUUCAAUCACCCGUGUCACGGCGGACAUCUCGCUCGCCAAACGCUCGGUCCUGAACAACCCCAGCAAGCACGCCAUCAUCGAGCGCUCCAACACCCGCUCCAACCUGGCCGAAGUCCAAAGUGAGAUCGAGCGUAUUUUUGAACUGGCCCGCACGUUGCAGCUGGUGGUUCUGGAUGCCGACACCAUCAACCAUCCGUCUCAGCUGGGAAAGACAUCGCUCGCCCCCAUCAUCGUCUACGUGAAGAUCACCUCCCCCAAGGUGCUGCAGCGGCUCAUCAAGUCCAGGGGAAAGUCUCAGGCCAAACACCUAAAUGUCCAGAUGGUGGCCGCCGACAAGUUGGCUCAGUGUCCUUCCGAGAUGUUUGACAUCAUCCUCGAUGAGAACCAGCUGGAAGACGCGUGUGAGCACAUGGCCGAUUACCUGGAAGCCUACUGGAGGAGCACUCACCCCACCAGCUCCAGCCCCCCAGACCCAGUGCUAACGAACCUACCCGCAGCGGCCCUGCCCAACGCGCCCGCACCGGCCUCCGGCGUGCAGGGCAACGGGACUGAGCAGAAAGGGGACAAGGCGUCGGCGGAGAGGAAGGAGUCCAAAGAAGACAACCAGCAGCAUCAUCACCAUCACAAGCACCACCACCACCACCACCAGAGCCAGGACCAGGCAGACAUUGAGGCUGAGGGGGACAGCAAUGAGGAGGAGGGACCUCUAAGGACAGAGUCUGGCAAGAGAGCGCCGCACAUCCACCACAGGUCUUCAUCCACCAGGACUGAGCACCACAACCACCAUCACCACCACCACCACAGCGGCAGAGCCAGGGGCCUUUCUCGGCAGGAGACUUUGGACUCGGAGACCCCCGAAAGCCGAGAGAGUCGGGAGAGCAAGGACUCUGCUCGCAUCGAGCCGCGGGCUCCGCUCCGCCACCAGGACGAGGAAGAAGACGAGGAAGAAGAAGAAGAAGAAGACGACGACGACGAGGAGGAAUUAGGGGAGGGGCACCCCCAGCGGCAGCACCGUUACGAGCCGCUGCCCCACCGGGACCACAACCACCAUCACCACCACCACCAUCACCGCAGCGGAGCGGACGAGGCCGGGCAGGGACAUCACCGCUCAAAGGAGCGCGAGCAGGACCACAACGAGCGAAACAAGCAGCGCUCCCACCACCACCACCGCCCGGCGCGUGACAACCACCACCACAGCUACGAGCGGGACAGGGAGAGGGACCGAGAGGGGGAGGUGGCUCCCAAACGGAGAGGCGAGGCAGGCGAGGUGUGGUCCAGAGACGCUCACAUCCAUCAGUGACAGACCUGCUGAAGCCCCUCCGGACUCUUCGUUCCCCCAUCAUGCUGCUAAACCCUAAAGCAACCCCUUCCUCUCCCCUUCUUUGUAAAUGGUCUCACAUCUUUUACAGGAUUUGAUUACAUAGAUAUUAUAUAUAUAUAUAUAUAUAUAUAUAUAUAUAUAUAUAUAUAUAUAUAUAUAUAUAUAUAUAUAUAUAUAUAUAUAUAUAUACGUAUGUGUGUAUCUAUGCAUAGACGUCGUUUAUGUGUGGAUAUGCAUGACUAUUUUCAAAUAUGCAUAUUUUAAACCUAUGUUUUGAUAAAGCAUGACACGAAAGCAGAAUUUUUUUCUGUACUGAGCUGUGCUUUCUGUGAUUAGCAUUAUAAUUUUUAUUAUUAUUUUUUUUAAUAUUAUUGUUAAGUUUUAUUGCUUGCUACCACUUGAAUAACGUGUUCCUUCAGACUACUGCGGGGUGGGGGUGGGUGGGGUGUUACGAGCCAACACAACAGUCUGAUGCUGUGGUUACGGAUUAGUUUGUCAGUUUGGGAAAUUUGCUCGCGUGGAUCAGAACCCAGUAAAAAGCAGCUGGAUUAUUUAUUUCUAGUGCAAAAGUUCUGCAACCAAUAUUGGCAAGUCGAUGAGUAAACAACUGUGUGUUUACCUGAAAUAACUUUGUUCUAAUGCAACUGUACUGCCAGAACUAUUACUGAAGAUGGAUGCUGGUUUUAAGAGAUGCACGUGCUAAGCCACGCCCAUUUAUCACAAAUGGGGGCGUGGUUUACAGAAGGCCACGCCCAGAAGGUGUAUCUGCACAACUAUGUUCUAAUACUACAUUGCUGGAGAAAUAUUCCUGUUAUGAAGGUUGAAGCUGGUUUGGAGGGAUGUGGGUUUAACUCUAAUAUCAUUUUAACCAAAAACGGCAAGAUCUUUCAUCCUGAACCCAGAGAUGUGAAAUGUAUGAUCCCUUUUACUAUGAUGGUUAUAGUGGGAGAUUUUCUCAGAUGCCAGGCUUACCCUUGACAAGGAGGGCAUGGCAUGAGCAACAAACUAUAUCUGAUCUUUCACUAAAAAUCACCUACCGAGCUAAGGUUUUGAGUUUAUAUAUGACUUAAACUGAAAGUUUGAUACACUCGUGAACAAACGGCACUUUUUAUCAAAUAACAUUUAUAUCUCCAAAUCUAUUUGCAUUAUUCCAAUGAAUUUGGGCUUGUCUUUUUAAUAUGCUUCGUAAAAAAAAAUAUCACUCAAAAGACAAAAUUAAGAAGAUUUUAAAAACCUUAUGACAAAAUUGUGUCUUUAAAGAGUUUAAAGAGUUGCUGCAAUCCUAAACGGAGAGUCUUAUGUAGGGAUGUACUGAUCAACAUUACAAAACCCAGGUGAGAUAGAGGCAGCUACUGAUAAAAAAAAAAUAUAUAUAUAAAUCUCAAAUCUCAGUCACAACUUGGAAAAAAAAAUAAGGGUUGCAGUAAAAACCUUUUUAUGAUUGGGUGCAGAACAUUUGCAUUUGACUGUAUUAUUUUAUGCUAAGACACAUCAGGUUCUUUGCGGUACUUCUUCAACAGCUUAUCCAUUGAAAAAGAUCAAACACGUACUCUCAGUGAAUCUUGCUUUGUUUAAUCUGCAGGAAAACGUGACAGUAGGGCUUUACAGGAACAUAAGCUGACGUUAGGCUUCAGAUUGACCAGAAACUUGAACAUACCCACCUACACAGAGAGCAUUUUUCCCAAAGUGUCAGACUACUUUUAAUGUUCUGUUCAAUUUUACCUGCUCAAUUCCUUUUUUUCUUCUUCUUCUUUCUGUAUCCACAGUUUCAGACAUCUAGUUUUGAUGUAUUUAUGCCUCCUUCAAGGCGGACUCUAUGAGACAAAUGAGCUCAACAGUAACUUCCUCUCUAGACAUACAGUGAUGUUCUUCUUAUGGGUCCAAAAACAUUUUCUGCCAUUUGUACAACCCAUUUUUAUCCUGUAUUUUGUCUCCGAUUCAUACUGGUUUCAGACAGAAGAGGAUUGAUAUAACGCGUUGGAAAUCUCCAUUCGGGUUCAUCUUUUAUCAAGCCUGACCCAUUUUCUAACGAAUGUUGUUUAAUUCCCACCUGGACUCCCACUUCUUCCUCACAGUACAAAGAAUGUUACUUACAGGAAAUGUUGUCCAGAAUGUUCUGCACUUAAAAAAAAACAUGCAUUCAUAAAACAAGUCGUUUUAAAUCUUCUUAUCUGCCAUCUGUUCACUCCCCCAACCUGAUCAGUGCAGUUUCCAACGAAUAUUUCUGCUCAAGCUGUGUCUUACAUGCUGACACUUUUUUUUUUCUUCUUCCCAUUUUGAUUCCUCUGUUUUCACUCCAUCCCCUCUUUUUCGUUCUCACCUGAUAACUGUAAUUAUUAUAUAUUAAAAAAAAAAACUAUUUCUAUGCUACAUUUGUAGCCCCACAGAUUUUAUAUUAGUGUACAUGUGUAUGUACAUAACGCAUAAAUAUGAAGAAUAAAGUCGACGACAGAGAACUGUAACUGCGAGGGAAGAUUUUGAUGUGUGCUUUGUCAGAAGAGUCAGUUUCACGAGGGAUGCUGCGUCUAUAAAUAGUCGAGAGAAACUCUGAUGAAAAAAAAAAAAAAAGAUGAGAGAGGAAGGCUCACCGGCCCUCCCCGCCCAGUCGUCAUGACAACCUCUACAUCAGUGACAACACGGCGCGUCUAAAAUAGCGGGGCGCGUCUUCACGCAGAGCUGCCGCCUAAACACACAAGUCGUCCUAUACAGAUGCAGCGGAUCGGACCUUCUUAAUAACACCAGCAGUCCAGCUGCUUCUGUACCUAUAACCACUAUAAGUCCAUACAGAUGGACUUAUAGUGGUUUUGUGAAUGCUUAGAAAAACCCAGGUAAAGUUUGCUGCACAAACAUAGAUCAGAUUUAAUUGCAUAACUGACUGUGAGCAAUCAAAAUCCUUAUCACUGUUACAAAAAAAA